AUGACUUUCAUGCUGCUUUCGCUGGGGCGGGCUGUGGUACAGAAGGCGAAGAUGAGAGAACUGGUGACCGCUCAUUUGCCGCCCACAAGCGAGGAAGCGACCCGCUAUCUGGCGCAUAGCCUUUCGAUUGCGUUGGUUGGGGCGGAUCCCGAGGCACCUUGCUUGCCAUUGAGCGUUGGUAGGCCGUUGUCGUCAUUUCCUAUGCACGAACUGUUGGCUUUUGCGCAGGAUUUGGAGCACGCGAAAUGGGCGGAGAUUCCAAAGGAUGCGUACAUGGCGGCAGCCAGAUUCUUGGUGACGCACAAUGUGGCGUAUCAAAACUUGGAUGUGAAGGAGGAUGCCGCGCGUGAGCAUUUCUUGAAGUUGGGCGAGGCAGUCAAGGCGCAGGCGGUGUCCAUAGUGGCGGAGGAGGCAUUGCCAGCCAAGUUGCCGGGGCCGGCCGAGCUGUCGGAUGAAAUUGUCGCGGAGGGCAUGGAAGAGUCCGCCCUGACGCGAUCAGGCGAGGAUGAAACUUUGCCGGCGCUGCAUUGCGUGGCUGCCGAAGUGACGUCAGCAGACCUGGACGUGGAGAGAUCUUGCAAGGAGCUGGCCGCGAAGAUUAUAUUUCUCAUGAUGAAAGGCGGCAAAGACGCAGGAAAUGUUGAGGCUGAGGUCGAGAGUCUGCAGGGCGCGGCGGCGUCCAUGUCGCAAGCCGAACUGCAGCAGCGCCUAGACGAUCUAGUUCGUAGUGUGGACGAGGCGGAAGGCCGUGUGCCUGCGUCUACAGAUGCAGAUCCUUCCUUGAAGCGAGUCCAGGUGGUGUACACAGGUUCGGAACCGCUGUCCAUGUAUCAUGCCGAGUUCUGGCAAAAGUGCUUUCCGGAGCUGUUUCCAUAUGGAGAUGGUGUUUUCGGUAUUCGCCACGCGACGCCGCUGACUUUGCGCGAGUGGGCUGCUUACUUGUUGGAGCGUGUGGAGUUGGAGUAUGAUGUCCCAGUUGCAGCUGACGAGCAGGAGCCAGUAUUGCAGGGCAAGAUGGCGGCAGGACAGCAAGCCGAUCCCGGGAAUACGGGGAUUGGAGGCCUGCAUCCUGAUGGCAGAAGGAACGCGCAGACUGGAGGCAUCGGCCCCGUCGGCGGUGCGACGGGCAGCGCUGCGCCUGAUGGCGCAAGGAGUGGGCAGACUGGAGGCAUCGACCCCGUCAGCGGUGCGACGGGCGGCGCAGAGUCAGCCGGUGCUGUGCAAUAUCAGCCCCCUGCGAUUGCCCGCUGGCGGGCUGACUUCAAUUUCAUUGCCGUGGCCAACGAUUCCUGGAAGCGCAUGGAGUUGGCAAACAUGGUGGACGUGUUCCGUUCCAGCAACGUGCACGCUGACAUUAAGAAUGCGUUGCUGGACUUACACCACUUCUCCAGUGAAAUAGUUGGCAGCGACGGCGCACGGCAGCAGUUGCGGCACGAGCAAAGUGGCGCGAUGCUGCUACGGGGAGGCAUCGAUGGUUUCUUGACUCCGAACGUGGCAGAUGUCCGGAACCCCUUGAUGGUGACUCUACACGCCGGAUGCGUUUCGCAUCCUGAUGGCGGGCUGGAUGCGGAUGGUCUAUCCGAAAAAUUCACGGUUUGUUUGCUGGAGGAGGAACCCAAAAUGCCCUCGACGAAAAAGAUGCUGGAAGGGGUUGCCAGCAACCCCGUCGCCCAAGCGCAAUUUUUCAUAGUCUCCAUGCAGUUGUUUUUGGAGCACGUGCUGGGCAUCAUGCCCUUCGAUGAGCAGCUGCGUGCGCUCGCGGUGGAUGUGCGUGGCCCGAUGGCGCGAGCACGGCUGGCGGCGUGGCAGGAGGCAACUUUGCAGGCUGUGGAGAGCAUUAUGUCGUCCUGUGCUUCGUUGUUGCCUUUGCAGUUGCGGGAGGGUCCUAUACUGGACGAUGUGAGCCUGUCUCCUUUGCCGUACACAGCCAAGUGGCAGAAGAGUGAUCGUUUAGACGGGGAGCUCGAGGAGGCGGUCGGUGAGCAGGGCGCCGUUCAGGGCGAGAUGUCCCUGGCGCAGGAGGCCACGACCCCGCGUCCGGCGCAGGAGGCCACGACCCCGCGUCCAACCCUGCGUCAGGAUCUAGGGGGCGAGCAGGGUGCCGUUCAGGGCGAGAUGUUCCGUCGUGCCCUGGUGCCCGUUGUAGAGGGCUACGUGGAUGGUCAUGUGCGGAGGGCUAUGGAGGCUGCUGGAGAUGUACCGUCUAUGGAAACGGGUACGAAGGUGAAAGUUCGAGACCUGCCAUUGACUGGCGCUGUUAUGUCACGUCUACCGCACUAUCGCUUACUACCAUGCCUGGAGGGACGUUGCGGCUGUCCCAUCUGUCAGGAAAAAGCCACGGAGUAUAACCACCUGCGGACCGGUGCGGUACAGCUGGACGUGGAAGCGGCUGCCUUCCGUGAUGCCUUUUGUGAGGAUGUGCGCACCGUUUGUUGUCUGUCGGGUCAUCUGCACGAGCACCAAAGCGCGUGUUUCAAAUAUGCACCGGAAGGUAGUCGACGCAAGCCGCAGCACUGUAGGUUCAACUUUACGCAUGUCGUGUCUUUGCCACUGACAAAUAAAGAGACUGGCAAGACGAGGUUACGAGUCGUCGCCAGGUGGGUAUGGCAUCUCAUCGAGGUAAUCUCAAUUAUCAAGAUUGCAGACGCACGCUGCCUGAUGGCUUCGAAGAGGACGAUGUAUUUCAUGGCAUACCGGUUCGUGGCGCAUGGAAACGAUCAGGAGGCAUCAGGUGCUGCUGCUUCCGAUGUUAUGAUGGGAACGGACCAAGAGCCUGUGACGGAUAUUCAGGUCUCGGGCGGAGUGGCUCGGCUGCGCAGCACGUCCUUCUAUGAGGGUUAUUUGCAUCGAGGUUCGGAAGAACCUCUGGCAUCCAUGUCUUUGUAUGUCUACGCCAUGCACGUGGCGUGUGUGCACAUCAGGCAGUCUGGUCAUCACGUCCAUGGCGAGUUCCUUUUCGAGGAGCACUAUUCCAAAUCCAAGACGCAUGUGCAAGUUCUUCAAGGAGAGCCACGUGUGCCGUGUCUGCAUGGCAUCACUGUUCCAAGCCGUGCAAAAGUGAAGUUGACGGCCGCGCGCCGAUGCGCGACGGUGGUGGAUUUGGAUUCAGUGCGGGCUUUUCAUUUACCCGAGCAUAGCUCCAAGCUUGCAGAGGGCGACUCGCUGCUGGGACUCCUGCGAAAAUCUGCAUUCCUUUUUCGACGCAAGGUGCGGCUGCGAAACAAAGAAACCUCGCGUGGUUCUUUGAGAUGCAUGCCAAAGUUUAGUGCGCGUGUCACAGAGGGCAUCCUGGACUAUGUCGGUUACGUCUUGAAUGGCAAUGCAGAACCGAUUAUUCUAGCUUCGAGUCCAAGUCAGCUCAAAGCUUGCCGUAAGCUUUGCGGAGGAGACGCGCCUGUUGUCUCUCUAGGGUGGCAUUCGGAACAAUUGUCCGCUGCGGAAUACAAUGGCUUCAUUUGCCGGAAUGUCAGCGCUAAUCUGGACAUGAUGUGCGAGGCCUGCAGUCGUCCUCGACCUGGACUACUUCAUCCGAAGGCUGCGUCAGACGACGUCGGGCUGAAGGGCGAAGUGGUGGAGGAGGAGUAUCGCGAUGCGGCAGAAGACGUGGCGGAGGGGGACGUCGAGCCGCAGUCGGCUCUUCGUCCAGAGUUGCGUUACAAGCCGGUCCUGAAGGUCCAGCACAACGAUGUGGUUUCAUCUGCGCAUCGUCUGGAGCUGCCAUCAGGACCUGGCCGCAUGUCUUCCUCCACGAAGCGCUCUGCUGCCUUCAUCGAACAAUUUGCGCGCAAGUACGAGACCAUUCGCGUGCUUUUGCUGCACAGCAAGAAGUACAAGCACGUCGGAAGGCGGCAGAAGAGAAUCCUGGACAUGCGCUCCGAGGAUUCCGCCGACGAUUCCGAUGUGGGUCAUCCUCCUAAACAAGUAGCUGGCGAGGCCGUCGAUGGUUGGAUGGAGAUCAAGUCGCCGGCAGCGUAUGCCAUGGAGCUACUUCAGCAACGUCUUCCAGCUCCUCAAGUUGGUGGCGGCUAUGCAAGCAGAAAUUGUGGGGGAAGCUGGGCUUCGGGGCGUGGCUGCGCAGAACUCAGCAGCUCGCCUGAUUCGAGGAUGCACCUUCCACUAUAUUUGGCUGGGCUGGCCAGGAAUCAGGCGCUCGCCAUCAAGAAGCCGACGAAGCGGCGUUUGGCGGCGUUGGUUAGGCGAUGGGUGCGUGCAGUACUCUUCAUUGAUGAGAUUUCUUUGACGCCUCCUCCUUUGCUUGCCGUCCUGAAUGCGUCCGCUGGCUGGGGUCGACAGGAAAUUGCUGCACUAAAGGAUGUGACAGACUUCCUGGAGCGUCCACUUGGUGAUAUCCUGUGUCAGAUCAUGUCAGGCGAUUUCCUGCAGCUCAACCCGGUUCUCAACCACUCGCUAAUGGAGAUUGUCAAUUUUGGGCUGCAGAGUGGGUUGAAGGGGGGUUACCACGAAGACGUGGAAGGCUUCGACCUCGCGUUUUCCAGUGGAGAGAUGCCGCAGGCUUUCGGCGUCGUCAUCAGUCGCAGUCCGCAGUAUGAGAACAUGGAUGCUUCGCUCCGAUUGCAGAAACAGCGUAUGUACAAGGCCGGAUACGAUGUCUUCAAGAAGUUCAUGUCCCAGACGGUGCUAUUCAGAGGCACGCACCGGUUCAAGACGGGCGAUCCUCUGGCUCGCUUGUUGGAGCACAUGCGCCUCGACGGCUACAAGCAAGAGGCUCCAGCAGAUAUCCGCAUGGGAGUCCGCGUGCUCUUCCCGCGGUGUCAGCGCCUGGGUCAAUAUGUGCGAAGAGGCAAAUUUCAAAGCGGAUAUUCUCCGCGAUGCACUGAAGAUGUGCAACAUGUCCAAGCAAACUGCCAACCUGAUGUCUUUUCUGCCAUUGCACGUGGGCCUACGACGAUGCAAAUGACUAAAAAAGUCAUGGCGCCUGAGUUGGUGCAGGAGUGUCCUUGCGAAGUUCUGCGCAUCAAUUUUCAUCCGCAGGAACGCUUCGGCGUACCAGGUUGCCCGCCGGGCUUAUCGCAGCCGCCUGCGAACCAUCCGGCCUGGGAGACGGGCUGGCUGGUGUUGGACUACCUCUUGCAGUCCAUCACUCUUCGCAUUGACGAGUCUGAGGAGGCGGGUGCGAGUGUUUACUUUGUAAUAAAGUAUUGUAUUUGUGUUUUUUUGCCGUGUGUUGGACUGGCAGCGUCUCCUGGUGAGGAUUACACUGGCCAGGGUCUUCCUGGUGUCUGGCAUUUGGAACCAGUCAGUGAUGACUUCAGCAUGACCGCGCGGCAGGGAGGUCAAUUUAGUGUGACCGUGACGCGUGUGCAGUUUGGCUUGGCGCCAAGCAAGGCAGGCACGUACAACAAUGCACAGGGGAAGACGAUUCGUGAGGCGGAUGGCACUGCUCUGGGUCAUUGUAUCGACUUUACGAGACCGGACUAUUUCACUGAUGAGGAAUACACACAGCAUGUCUACAUGAUCUUGGGACGGGCUCGAUCCAUGCAGUGGAGCCUGUUUCGCAACUUGCCCACCACGGCCGACGGCGACAUUGACUUCGCUGUUUUCGAAAAUGGCCCGCCUGCGCACAUUUCUGAGUUUUUGCGUGAGCUGGAGGCGGGGCCUGCGCUCAAUCUUCGCGAGCGUCCGUGGAAGAAUGUCGGAAGCUGCUGGGUGAGUUUCCUCGAUCAGAUAUCCUUCCACGACCGAGGGGCGCUGCGGCAGUCUUUGCCGCAGAAUGCAGAGGGAGCGGACGCGUCUGCUGAAGGCAUCGACCUCGCGCGCGGCUCGGCCGCUGCAAAAUCCGCAGGCGCUGAAGGCAGCGACCUCGUGCGCGGAUCGGCCGCUGCAAAAUCCGGAGGCGCUGAAGGCUUCGAGCUCGCGAACUCUAGCAAGAAACGCGUUCCGGAUCAGCAAGUGCUUAGUGGCGGCGGUGAUUGUUUCUUUUUGGCAACGCGCGAUGGAGAGACAUUUGGCACGCGCUUGGCUGACAGAAUAUCCAGCCGGGUGGGUUGGGAUGUGGCCUCUCGUCGGGACUUUGCUGCCGUGCUUCGAAGGAUCGUGGCAGAAGAAGUGCGUGAUUGGCCCGCCGCGAAACUGUUGCAGUUUUUGGUGAAUUCUCUUCAGCGCGAGGCUUGUGGAAGAUGGCACGAUCACUGGAGUGCCGCAACCUACUUGGAAGCGUCGCCGUUUGGUUUUCUGCUAGAGUGCAAUGAUCUGGUGCAUGUGGAUGCCACCGAUUCCGGUGUGGCGACGGACGUGACGUCGGAGUACGUUCCAGUUGGCGCGCUUGCUUUGUCGAAUCUGCAAGAGCUGAUUGCCAGGCAUUUGGAAUGCAUGGGUGAUAUGCAUUGGGGUGAACAUCUGGAUGUCACGAUUCUAGAGGAGAGGUUGAACAUCGGCUUCUGUCUGUUCGGUCAUCGAGCUUAUGGUUCGGUUACGGAACCGGACAUCUGGAUCAUGCUGCACUACAUUCAAGAUCAGCACUUCCAGGUCAUGUUCCUGAAAACCAACGAGACUUGA